AUGGCCGGCUUCGCCGACCUGAACCUGCCGCAGGGGCCGGACAAGAAGUCUCUGCAGAGCCUGCUAGAGGCCGCGGCGAACUUGGGAUAUUCUGCAGUUGCUCUUAAUCACGUCAUCGAUUUUAAAGAAAAGAAACAGGAAAUCAUCAAGCCGGUAUCUCCUUCAGAGUUGUUUCCAUCUUUGCCUAUUGUACAAGGAACAUCUAAAAGAAUUAAAGUCUUAACCCGGCUAACACUUGUUGUUUCUGAUCCUUCCCACUGUAAUCUCUUGAGAUCAACAUCUGCAAAUAUAAGGUUAUAUGACAUCAUAGCAGUAUUUCCGAAGACUGAGAAACUGUUCCAUAUUGCUUGCACAACUCUAGAUGUGGAUCUGGUAUGCAUAAAUGUAACAGAAAAGCUGCCAUUCUACUUCCGAAGGCCCCCUGUGAAUAUGGCAAUAGAUCGAGGCAUUUACUUUGAACUUCUUUACACGCCUGCCAUCAAAGACUCCACAAUGAGAAGAUAUACAAUUUCAAAUGCGAUCAGCCUGAUGCAGAUCUGCAAAGGAAAGAACAUUGUUAUAUCUAGUGCAGCUGAAAGGCCUCUAGAACUGCGAGGUCCUUAUGAUGUGGCUAAUCUAGGUUUGCUGUUUGGCCUGUCAGAAAGCGAAGCCAAGGCAGCUGUGUCUACCAACUGCAGAGCUGCCAUGCUUCACGGAGAAACUCGGAAGAGUGCCUGUGGGGUAGUGUACACCAUGAAGAAGCCUCGCAAGGUUGAGGAGGAAGAAACAACACUGCCAGCCUGCAAAAAAGCUAAGACUCAAGCUUGAGGACUGAACCAAUUGUCAACAGGAGCCUCCCUCCCAUCUUUACCCAGUGUUGAGUCUUCCCCCACCCUCCAGCCAGCCCAGUUCCUGCCUUACUACUUUGUUUAGCCUGGAGAAGAAUUAUUCUUCUGGUGUUCAAGUGAGGAAAGCUGUGGGAAUGAGACUGCUGAAUGGUAGUUCACCACAUCUGAAGGGUCAUGCUGGGCUUCUGGCCAAGGUCAGGAGACUGUCUGUCCACCCUGUCUUAGGUCUUCUGGAGUUAGUGCAAACUCAACACAACGUUUCUAACAUAUGGAAAUUUUCAGUUGUACAAGUGCAUUCCUUUUUUAUUAAAAAUGUUUCUAAGAACGCA